GGUUAUUCCUUCUGAUUAUUAUUAUACUAAUUAUUUCCAUUAUUUCCGCCCAAGUGAAAGCAAGCUAAUCCCCUCCCAGUUUGCAGGGAGUUUUCUAGCAACUGUUGCCCUGUGAGGCAGCGCCAUAGCCACCGUAGUCCUGGCGACUGUAACCCACCAACAACAACCUCUCGCUUCAUCAUUCCCACCUCCUCCACCAUCCUCAUACUCACCCGCCGCUCCACAAGCAGGGCUUUCACUUGCUCGGUGGUGCACAGCGUUUAAGUGGGCCACAAGGGAGUGUGCCUGAAUGGUGAGGCGCCAUGCAGACCCCUGAAGCUGGCGCAGACUCCACCUCCACCGUCCCUAUUCAGACCAACGUGCCUGUCCAGCCUGCCAGCUCCACCCAGCAGCUGCCUGUCCAGCAACAGACACAGACUGUUCAACAGGUCCAGCAUGUUUACCCACCGCAGGUGCAGUACGUAGAGGAAAACAGUGGCGUUUAUACCAACGGCAACAUAAGAAGCUACUCUUACUCUGAGCCACAGCUGUACAGCCAGAACAGCGGCGGGAGUUACUUCGACACGCAGGGGAGCUCAUCCCAAGUGUCCACGGUGGUCACUUCCCAUGGUAUGGGCAAUAACGGUGGUGGGGCUAGCGGGGGCAUGAGUAUGGGCCUGGCAGGAGGUCAGGUAAUCGGCAGUGGUUCUACGGCCUACCUCAUGGACAACGCCAGCGCCCACCCUACUGCCCAGACUGCAAGGGCCUCCCCAGCAACUAUUGAAAUGGCGAUUGAGACGCUCCAAAAAUCUGAGGGUUUAUCCAGUCAGAGAAGCUCGCUGCUCAACAGCCAUCUACAGUGGCUGCUGGACAACUAUGAAACGGCAGAGGGUGUGAGUCUACCACGAUCCACCCUUUACAAUCACUACCUGCGCCACUGCCAGGAGCAGAAGCUAGACCCUGUAAAUGCAGCCUCCUUUGGCAAACUCAUCCGCUCCAUCUUCAUGGGACUCCGCACGAGGCGCCUCGGAACAAGGGGGAACUCCAAAUAUCAUUACUAUGGUAUACGUGUAAAGCCUGACUCCCCGCUCAACAGACUCCAAGAGGACAUGCAGUACAUGGCCCUCAGACAGCAGCCCGUUCAACAGAAACAGAGGUUCAAACCGGUACAGAAGUUUGACACCAGCCCCACAGAGAACUACUCAGGUGGCGGCCACAACCAACCGGGGGCAGCAGAGCAGACUGUCAUCGCACAGAGUCAGCACCAUCAGCAGUUCUUAGACGCAUCACGGGCACUCCCCAACUUUGCUGAGCUGGACCUGGGGCAGAACAAUCCAGAGAACAUCAGCCCAGAGGACAUCAAGGCCCUCCAGUCACUUUACAGGGAGCAUUGUGAGGCCAUCCUAGACGUAGUCAUCAACCUGCAGUUUAGUCUCAUCGAGAAGCUUUGGCAAACAUUCUGGCGAUAUACUCCUCUCAACUCUGUAGGGGGCGCCCCCGUAACAGAAAACAGCAGUGUAAGUGAGAUUGAAGCCAGACUACCGCAGUUGCGGCUGCUGGCGCUGUGCAGACACGAAGCUGUGCUCAAGUGGAUGAGCACCUGCGACCAUCUGAUGUACCAGGCUCUCGUGGAGAUCCUCAUCCCUGAUGUCCUGAGACCCAUUCCCAGUGCCUUGACUCAAGCCAUUCGCAAUUUUGCCAAAAGCCUGGAAAGUUGGCUCAAUAAUGCCAUGAAUGCGAUUCCACAGAGAAUGAUCCAGACCAAGGUUGCUGCUGUUAGUGCCUUUGCGCAAACACUACGCAGAUACACAUCACUGAACCACCUGGCUCAGGCGGCACGCGCCGUAUUGCAGAACACGUCUCAAAUCAACCAGAUGCUUAGCGACCUCAACCGUGUCGACUUUGCCAACGUACAAGAGCAAGCGUCGUGGGUGUGCCAGUGCGAGGAGGGCAUGGUUCAGCAUUUGGAGCAGGAUUUCAAAGCUACCCUACAGCAGCAAAGCUCUCUAGAGCAGUGGGCGGCCUGGUUAGACAACGUGGUCACGCAAGUGCUGAAGCCCUACGAGCAGCGGUCCAGCUUCCCAAAGGCUGCCCGGCAGUUUCUACUCAAAUGGUCCUUUUACAGUUCGAUGGUCAUCAGGGACCUGACCCUGCGCAGUGCUGCCAGCUUUGGUUCUUUUCACCUGAUCCGCCUGCUCUACGAUGAAUACAUGUUCUACCUAGUAGAGCACCGGGUGGCCCAAGCUACCGGAGAGACGCCGAUUGGCGUCAUGGGCGAGUUUGACAGCCUGAAUAGCCUUUCGCUAACAAACAUCGAUAAAGAUGAAACAAGUGGCAUGGACAGCGAUUUAGACGAAGAGCCCGAGGAGUCGGGGGAGCCUUUGGCUAAACGUGAAAAGUCAGAGAACGAAGUAAUCCAGGUGAUCCAGGUGGGUUCUGUGGAAGACGGAUCCCACCCAGUAGUCGGUGUGGUUCAGCCAAGCGUACUACAGUCACUGCCGCAGCCCCCCCGGGACCACAGCGAGCACAUCCCUACCCCCUCGCCCAGCACUCCGACCAUCCGCCACUGCGGCGCCACAGGCAACAACUAUGCCCCAGUUUGACGCCGGUGCCCGAGCCUGUCUUGCUUUCCCAACAUAUCCACCGGCUGUCAUGUUUACGUCUGUCCGUCUGCACUUGGGUCCAACACUGGAUGAGGGGGAUGCUGUUUUCUAUUCCAAACCUUGCAUCCUGCAUUAAGUCAUUGCAGAAUUUGCCAGAAGGUAGAGUAACACUAAACACAGGGUCUAACAAAAAUCAACUUUCUACUACUGAUGUCUGUGAGCGCAAAUGUGACCCGCUGUAUAUACUGUAGAUGUACUCAUGAUUAGUAGAACCCAAAAACUCAUGGUGCUAUCUUUGUGUUGUUGAGCUAAAAUAACAGCGCUGUGUUUUCCCAACCUCUAUUGAGGCAGGGCAUAUACAAUUUUCUCAGAGAGUUUGGAAUAUUUGGUUUGCAGGUGAAAUUUCAGGAUAAACAUGAAGUAUACUAUAUCUGUUCUUUAAACAAGGAGAAGCCUGUUGAUGACAUGUUAAAAUAACAGCCACGUGUUCUAAGAACAUCCGGUUCGAUGCCAUUUGAUCACAUUGUGAGGGAUCAAAAUGUAAAUAGCAUGAUGACUGAAAAAGACUGUUGAAAUACUAAUUGUAAUUGAACUAGAAAAUGGAUUGGCCAUUUAUUGAUCGAACACUUGUGACUGUUGCACAAAAAGAAAAAUUGAGUGCAUUCAAAAGUUUAGAGACCAAAUGAACACCUGUGGCGCAUUUUGGGUUGAUCCUGAAAUUUCACCUAAAAUCACAAUACCACAGGCCCCCACAUAUUUCCAGUUCUGCAUUCACAAUUUCACUUAUUAGCUGUUUUUUUUUUUUUAAACGUUCCCCUUAUUUGCUGAAGCCUCCAUAUUUUGCCCAUUUUUGUUUGAAAUCUUUUUUUAUUUUAUUUUAUUUUUUUAUAUUGCGUAACACUCUGCAUAGUGGUUUUUUUUUCCUUAGAACCUAAUUUUAUAUUGCGUAACACUCUGCAUAGUGUUUUUUUUUCUUAGAACCCAAUUUGUGAUUUAUCUCAAUCUGUUGUUUUCUGGGGGGGGGGUUGUUUUUUUGCACCAAGCCCAGCAUAUUCGUAUUUUUUCGGAGUAAUAUAUAUGAAAAUGUAGUGGGAAAAAUAUUCUCUUAUUCGUGAAGUUUCUAAGCAUCAAUUAUUUUGUGUAUUUUUGCAAUUACGGUGAUAUGCAGAAAUUGCACCUUUUCAUUUUUUUAUAUACGAUCCCCCACUUCUACUUAAAAAUCUCUGCUUAUUUGCAUUUUGGACCCACUUUUUUGUGAAAAAAAAAAUCUUGGUCAUUAUAAAGAAGUAUCAGUUCUUUUCCGAUUCAGUAUUUCCAUUAUAUUUGGAAAUCCCAGU